CAUAGGUCACAGAGUGAGACACAAGUAGGAAUAGGGAACUGUCUGAGACACAUUGCCUUCCUCUCCGUGGCCUGACAGAGACUACUCAAGUUUUGCGGCGAUUGCUUGUUGAUUUUUUUUAUUUACCAUUUAAUUUUUUUGUCCUAAGAGGGAAAAAACAUGAAUAUUCCAAACUGUGCCAGGUGUGGGUUUGUGGUAUACCCAGCUGAGAAAGUCAGUCUCAUUGGUCAGAACUGGCAUAAAGCAUGCUUUCACUGUGAGGUCUGUAAAAUGGUACUUACUGCAAAUAAUUUUCUAAGCCACCAGAAGCGGCCAUAUUGUCAAGUCCAUAAUCCAAGGAACAACACCUUCACUAGUGUCUAUGAAACCCCUAUAAACAUCAAUGCCAAGAAGCAGGCGGAAGCUGUCAGUGAGAUUAAAUAUCGUGAGGAGGGUGAACGUUUCAUGUCCACUUUUCACUAUGACAUGAGGUCCAAAGAACUAGAACAGGCUUGUCGGGACAGCCAAAUGGCCAACCAGGCCUUCCAGUCUGAGCAGUUUUCUGAGCAGCAGACAUGGCACUCAGGCAGUGUGACCAGCCAGGAGAUGGUUCGCAUGACUCAGGCCCAGAAGACCAUCAGCAAUGUGGAGUAUAAGCGUGGACAUGAGGAGCGAGUGUCACAGUUCACCUCUGUGACCGACACACCUGAGAUCCUGCAAGCUAAGACAGGGACGUCACUGGCGAGUGAUGUGAAAUACACAGAAAUUUAUGAGCAGUCCAAAGGAAAAGGCAGCUUCCCUGCCAUGCUCACGCCAGGUUAUGAAGUGGCCAAGAAAGCAAACACUCUCGCUAGCAAUGUGGAGUACAAGAAAGGCCAUGAGGAAAGGGUGUCAAAGUACACAACUGUGACAGAUACCCCUGAAGUGGUCCUAGCUAAAAGUCAAGGGAGGAUUGCUAGUGAUGUUGUUUACACAGAGGAAUAUGACCAGCAGCGGGGCAAAGGGAGCUUCCCUGCUCAUGUCACUCCUGGGUACAAAGUGGCCAAGAAAGCGAACGAGAUGGCUAGCAAAGUGAAGUACCAGCAGCAGUAUGAGCAGGAGAUAAAGGGAAAGAGCAGCACAGACGCUGGAGCUGCCGAGCUCACGCUGGCCAAAGAGAACACAGAGAAGUUCAGCCAGCAUGCCUACAUUGAGGAUUAUGAGCAACAAAGAGGCAAGGGGAGCUUUCCUGCUAUGAUCACUCCUGGAUACCAGAUGGCCAAGAAAGCACAUGAUAUGGCCAGUGAUCUGAAAUAUAAGAAGGACCUGAACAAAAUGAAGGGCUCUUCGGCCUACCAUUCCCUAAACCCUGAUGACAACCUGACCCUGAAGAACGCCCGUAAGAUCAACAAGCUCGUCAGUGAGGUUGAGUACAAGAAGGACCUUGAGAAAACAAAGGGACACAGCAUCAACUACUGUGAGACACCACAGUUUAAAAAUGUGUCCAAGAUCUCCCAGUAUACCAGUGAUAAUAAAUAUAAAGAGAAGUAUACCAGUCACAUGAAGGGCCAUUAUGAAGGGACUGGACUUGACAAGAAAACUAUGCAUGCCAUGAAAGUCAGAAAACUGGCCAGUGAUAUUGCAUAUAAGUCAGAGUACGAGCAGGAGAAGACAGAGCAGGGUGAAUACAACUACCCAGCUGACAUCACCCCAUCUUAUCAGACCCAGAAGAAACUUGAGCCUCUCAAAGAUAAAAAUUACAGACAGCACAUUGACAAGCUGAAAUACAGUCAGGUGACUGACACUCCUGACAUUGUUCAAGCCCGAAUCAAUGCUCAUCAGCUUAGUAAUCUGAACUAUAAAGCUGACUAUGAGAAAACUAAGACACAGUACACCCUAGCCCAAGACAUGCCACUGCUCAAGAAGGCCAAAGCCAACGCCGAGCUCAUCAGUGAUAUCAAGUAUAGAGAGGACUGGGAGAAAAGUAAGUCUAAGGCAUGUGAUAUCGGUCUGGACACACUGACCUUCAAAGCUGCCAAAGCCUCGCGAGACCUGGCCAGUGAUAUCAAAUAUAAGGAAUCCUAUGCAAAAAACAAAGACAAGGUAGUGGGUGUGAAUGUGAGCGACUCCAAAACCCUCCACUGUCUCCAAGUGGGCAAGCUGAGCAGUGAGAUCGCCUAUAAGAAGGGCUCAAAGGAGACACAUACGAAGUAUAAUCUGCCUUUGGACAUGGUGAACCUUAGCCAUGCAAAGAAGGCCCAGGCCCUGGCCAGUGACCUGGACUAUAGGACGAAGCUCCAUGAGUACACAAUACUGCCUGAUGACAUCAAAGUGCAGCAGGCUAAGAAGGCCUACAACCUUCAGAGUGAUAACCAGUACCGCUCAGACCUGACCUGGAUGAAAGGAGUGGGCUGGGAGGCUGAGGGCUGCAUGGAUGUUGAACAGGCCAAGAAGGCGGGAGAGCUUGUGAGCGAGAAAAAGUACCGCCAGAAGGUGGACGGUGUGAAAUUCACCCAGGUGGCCGACACUCUCUCCAUAAAACACGCCAAGAAGAGCCAGGAGCUGCAGAGUGAUUUGACAUACAAAGCAGGCACGGAGCAGAUGAUCCAUCAGUACUCUUUGAGCAAAGACGAACCUCUCUAUAGGCAGGCCAGAGCUAAUGCAGAUCUUCUUAGCAAUAAAAUAUAUAAGAGCAGCUGGGAGGCCCAGAGGGAGAAAGGCUUUGAGCUUAGAAUGGACGCGCUGUCUAUUCUCACCGCCAAAGCCAAGCGUGAUCUCGCCAGCGAUGUGAAAUACAAGCAGCAGUAUGAGAUCACGAAGGGGAAGAUGAUUGGGGUGAAGACGGUUACAGAUGAUUCCCAGAUGGCCCACUCAGCUCUGGCCACCAAGCUCCAAAGUAACCGCAACUAUAAGAAAGAGUACGAGGAUAGUAAGACCAAAUACAGUGCCUCGCUGGAUAUGAUGACCAUCAGCCAUGCUAAAAAGGCCCAAGACCUGGCCACAGAGACCAAGUACAGAACUUUCCUGCACAAGUACACAAGCCUUCCCAGUGACAUGAAGGUGGAGUGGGCCAAGAAAGCCUACGGCCUACAAAGUGAUAAGAAGUACCGAUCAGAUCUGAACUGGAUGAAGGGUGUGGGCUGGGAGACUACUGGAUCUCUUGAUGUACAGCAGGCUAAGAAGGCCAGUGAUCUCAUCAGUGAGACAAAGUAUCGGCAGAACGCGAGCGCUCUGAAGUUCACCAGUGUGGAGGACACACCAGAGAUGGUGCAGGCCAAACUCAGCAAUAAGCUUGCAAUAGACAGGCUGUACAGGGAGAAAGGGGAGAAUGAGAAGCACAUCUAUACACUGACAGGAGAUCUGCCAGAGCACAUGCAAGCCAAGAUCAAUGCCCUGAACCUCAGCGAGACACGUUACAAGGAGUCAUGGACAAAGCUAAGGGAUGCAGGCUACAAGCUGCGUUUAGAUGCCAUUCCAUUCCAGGCAGCCAAAUCCUCUACAGAGAUCCUUAGUGAUCAAAAGUAUAAAGAGCAGUUUGAGAAGAUGAAGGGGAAGAUGAUUGGGCUUAAAGGACUGCAAGAUGACAUCAACAUGGCCCACUCAGUGUACGCCACCCAGCUACAGAGCAAUAGCAACUAUAAGAAGGACAGUGCUAAGGCACACACUCAGCUUCACCUACCCAUGGACAUGCUGGACAUGGUCCAUGCUAAGAAGGCGCAGGCUCUGCUCAGUGAACAGAACUACAGACACACCCUGCACCACUACACUGCCCUGCCUGACGAUCUGAAAGUGCAGGCUGCCAAGAGAGCUUAUGAGCUGCAGAGUGAGAAAGCGUAUCGUUCUGAUUUGAAUUACCUGCGUGGUGCAGCCUGGAUUGCCACUGGUGCUUUACAAAUUGAGGGCUCCAAGCAUGCAACAGACCUGAUCAGUGAGAAAAAAUAUCGACAACAGCCUUACGCAUUUAAGCAUACCUCCAUCACCGACUCCCCGGAUAUCAUUCAUGCUAUGCUCAGUAACAAGAUUACCAAUGAGCGCCUUUACAAAGAGAAAGAUGAAAACAUCAAGCACAACUACACUAUCACUGCAGAGCGACCAGAGCUCACCCAGGCCAAGAUCAACGCUGCUAACUACAGUGAUUCCAAGUAUAAAGAGUCCUGGCACACGCUGAGAGCUCAAGGCUAUAAACUGACCAUGCAGGACAUCCCCUUCCAGGCAGCCAAAGCUUCCACAGGCAUUGCCAGUGAUUACCAGUACAAGCACAGCCACAUUCUGGAGAAGGGCAAGCACAUCGGUGCACGCAGCAUCAUGGAUGACACCCAUCUGCUGCACUGUCUGCGCAUGGCCGGUCUGCAGAGCGACAAGAAUUACCGCAGAGACGCAGUGUCUGCCAGCAGCCAGUAUCACCUGGGGCUGGACCUGCUCAACCUGUCCCACGCCAGGAAGGCCCAGGCCCUGGCCAGUGACCAGGACUACAAGAGCCACCUCCACUCCUACACUGUCCUCCCCGAUGACAUGAAGGUGCAGUGGGCCAAGAAGGCCUAUGAGCUGCAGAGCCAGAAUGUUUACAAAUCAGAUCUGAACUUUAUGAAGGGUGUGGCAUGGGACACAGUCGGAGCACCUCAGCUGGAAUCUGCGAAGAGAGCUGGAGAGCUCAUCAGUGACAAAAAGUAUCGUCAACUUCCUGACAGGCUGAAGUUUACCCAGGUGGCUGACUCCCCUGACAUAGUCCAUGCCAAGAACAGCUACAUGCAGUGUAGUGAGAGGAGGUAUAAGUCUGGAGAUUCUGAGUCCAUGCACAAAUACACCUUACCCCCUGAUCACCCUGACUUCAUCAGAGCAAAGAUCAAUGCCCAGCAGAUCAGUGAUAAAGUGUAUAAGGCAUCAGGUGACCAGGUGAAGACUGCAGGCUAUGACCUCAGACUGGAUGCCAUUCCCUUCCAGACAGCCAAGGCCUCUCGAGAAAUCGCUAGCGAUUUCCGCUACAAGGAGGCCUAUGUGAGGCAGAAGGGGCAGCAGGUAGGCCUGCUCAGCGUGGACGACGACCCCAGAAUGAGACACUCACUGGCCAUGGGCAAGCUGCAGAGCGACAACGAGUACAAGAAGCAAUUCCAUGAGAGCUGCUCGCACUACAAGAUCCAUGCAGACCAGCCAGAGUUCCUGCAUGCCAAGAAGAGCCAGGCCCAGGCCAGCGAGCGGAGCUACCGCCAGCAUAUCCACAACUACACGUGCGACCCAGAGCAGCUGAAUGUCAAGCACGCUAAACAGGCCUACAAGCUACAGAGUGAUGUGAACUACAAGUCAGACUUAAACUGGAUGAAGGGAGUGGGCUGGACCCCUCCAGGCUCUCAUAAGGCAGAGCUGGCCCGCAGGGCAGCAGAGCUUGGGCUGGCUGAGGGGCUGGAUACUGACCAGGCCAUUGCCAAGUACCAACAGCUGAUGAUGCUCCAACGUCAGCAACAGCUGCAGGAGCAGCAGCAGACCUCAUCAGAGCAGGUGGAGUCCAGGGAGCAGGUCCAGCAGUCUGUGGUCAAUCCAGAUGCCAUGGAGAUCCUCCAUGUCAAGAGGAAGAAGACCAUCCACACUAAUUUCAAGCAAGCUCAGACCACAAAGUCCAUGAUACUGCAAUCUGGAACAUCUCCCUCUUCCACUAACCAGUCCAUCACCAAUCAGUCCUCUGGCAAACAAUCCCUUACAAGUCAGUCUGUGGUGAAGCAGUCCACAGAAGAGUCAGCUCAGUGAAAACAAGUCAAGAACAGAUAGAUCUGCUGAAAACAAACCUACAAUAAUGGAAGCCAAACACCUUCUUUUUUUAAACUUAUAUAAGGAUGCUACAUAGAGCCUGGUGUUCUCUAUCAGGAUUUAAAAAGACAGUGAGGGGAGAUUGAAGGAUAUUUAUGUGAGCAAAGUGAAUGUAAUUUGUAUGUAAUUAUGAUGGACAAGAUAAAGAAGGUAAGAGUAGAGUGCAUAUUAUGAAUGUACCUUAUUUAUGACCAUAGAGGAGCAUUUAAACUGGGACAACACAAGGAAGUUAUUGUUUUGGAGAGUGCGUCAUGCAUGUGAAAAAGGUGGAACUGAUUUCGGUAGAUGGAAAGUGUCUUUCUAGCUAUUAACAAAUGAAACCUCUAGCUUUCUAUAGGUUAUUUUGAAGACAAACACAUCUUAUUUUGAAAUAACUGAAAAUUUUUAUUUCAUAUUAGCACUAGUCUUUAGCAUUGAAAGUCAAACUUGACUAGUUUGUGUAUUCACAGACGGACAGCCAUGUUGUCAGACUGCCGACUGCAGAAGUUAUUUUUAAGAGAUAUUUGAUACACUGUGUGCCUGACAGGUUCAGCUUCCAACAGUAUGCCAAAUGAAAACAGCUAUGAGCUCAAUCAUGGGUACAUGUUUGAUGUAUGCCAUAUGACCAUGAGAUCCAAAAAUAAAGGUUUUUGUCAAAGCUCUA